AUGUCUGUAUCAAAAUACUUUAGUCAACAAAACAAACCUGAAACUGAUGAUUUAGCCGAUUGUUUUAUAAACUUAGAAAAUGAUCUUGUAUCUCAGUUAAACAAUCUGAAUUAUGGACCAAACAUUGUUUAUAUUUAUAGUCCAUUAGAUUAUGCAUUCAAUUUACACAAGAUAUUUUUAAAAAAGUUUUUAAAUACAAACAAAAAAGUACUAUUCUUAGGCAUGAACCCAGGACCCUGGGGAAUGUGUCAAACCGGUAUACCAUUUGGUGAAGUUAAUAUUGUGAGAAGUUAUUUAAGAAUAGUUGGAGAGGUUUUAACACCCACAAAUUAUCAUCCUCAAAGGCCAGUUACUGGUCUUGACUGUCAUAGAAGUGAAGUCAGUGGUAAAAGAUUAUGGGAUCUUUUUAUUGAGCUCAGUGACAGCGAUCCAUAUAAGUUUUUCAAAGAUUGCUUUAUUCAUAAUUAUUUCCCUUUGGCAUUAAUGAAUGAAAAAGCUAAAAAUAUCACACCAAGCGAUUUAAAGAGUGAAUACCAAAAAAAGUUACAAGAAAUCUGUGACAAAUCGUUGAGUGAUAUAGUUACUUUACUUCAUAUUGACACCAUUGUUGCUAUUGGAAAAUAUGCUGAAAAAAGGUCUAAUGAAGUAGUCAAGAAUUUUAAACUUAACAAUAUUAAGGUUGUACGAAUUCCUCAUCCCAGUCCCCGCAGUGUUGGCACAGCAGAAAAAUGGAAAAAUGAGACAUUAGUUCUACUCAAAUCAAACAAUAUUCUCCAGUUGUUCAAAUAA